GAUUCGAUUUAAUUUAUUGUAUUGUAUUUAUUGUAUUUUAUAUUUUAUGUCAUUGAACCUAAGUCAAAAAGAUUCCUUUUUAAAUGUAAAAUGAAAACAAAAAAAAACGUUGUGGAGCAGAAAAUGACGAAACCUUAUAAGACAGGAUAUAAUAUUGUAAAUUUUGACAUCUACCUCACUCGUCCCUUACCUAUAAAUAAAGUACUGGUUGGUUUCACCCAGUUUGUCGAAAGCCAGAACAAUAUACUUUGAAACACACCAUACAUAGACGGAUUCUUUCUUAUCAAGAUUAGCUCAAUUGGGAAUCGCGUUUGCGUAAGAUCGUAGGCGAUUUGGAAAGCUUUUGUCGUUCCACGACGGGUUCAAAAUUCAAAGGUCAAUUGUGUGUUCCCAGUGGACCCAUCAACAGAUAAAGCUUCGAUAAGUAUCUAUUCUUAUUUAUAGUCAAUCAGUUGCAAAACUUAUACGAGAUUGUUUAUUUCGCGUCCGAAACAGAUCAGCAGGUCAACAUGAUUCAAGCAUGAUAACCUUCAAGACCAGAAAGAAAUCCCGCGACAUCGACGACCAGUCUGUAUACUGAUCCAUAAUCACCGACGAGCGACCAUUGACCAGCGAGAUGCCUUCCGUGGUGUCGAAAUUCCUCGAAAAGGGCGAAAAGGCAAUCCACGCCCAUCAAUCCGUAGUAUCGGGCGCCAUAAUAGGGGCCGCCCUGUGCGCGUACGCGUACAAGAUCGGGUACCCGCUGGUGGAAAACUACAUCUCCAAACCCAACAGUGAAACCGUCAACAACAUUAACAACAACGUCGUGAAGCCGGCUAUGCCGCCGCAACAGAAUGGCGACGCCAAAACUAAAUCGGCCAUGUCAAAACGCCGGUCCGUGUUCAAGAACGGCAUACCUAACCUCAAUCUCGCGUUCAUCUUGCAGUUCAUCAAGCUGGUGCGCAUCAUGAUACCGAAGGUGUUGUGUACGGAAAGCGUGCUGCUCGGCGGACACACGACGUUCCUCUUUUUGCGGACUUUUUUGAGUAUUUACGUGGCGAACUUGGAGGGCGCGAUAGUCAAGUACAUAGUGCGGAAAGAGCCGCGCAAUUUCGUACAUCAACUGAUGAAGUGGUUCGCGGUGGCCAUUCCGGCGACUUUUAUCAACAGCAUGAUUAGGUACCUGGAGAGUCGUAUAGCGCUAAGCUUCCGCACACGACUGGUCGAGCACUCUUACAAGCUCUACUUCAAGAACCAGAGUUACUACAGAGUAACCGUGCUGGACGGUCGGUUGGACAACUGCGCCCAACGAUUGACCGACGACAUCGAAACGGUAGCCAGCACCGUGUCGCACUUGUACGGCCAAAUCACCAAACCCUGCUUCGACAUCUUACUCAUGGCGAUCGCGUUGGCGAACUUGGUGAAGUCGAGGAAUGCUAAUUUGAUAACCGGUCCGGUCAUCAUCUCCGGCGUCGUCGUGUUGUCCGCCUUACUUUUGAGGUUGGUGUCUCCGAAGUUCGGACACCUCGUGGCCCAAGAGGCCGAAAAGAAGGGUUACCUGAGGCACGUCCACGGCAGAGUGGUGAGCAACGCCGAAGAAAUCGCUUUCUACGGCGGCCACAAAGUCGAGCAGAGUCAUCUGCGUAGCGCGUACAGAAUACUGGUUCAGCACAUGGAGCAUAUGUUCGCCGUGAAGUUGUGGUUCGUGAUGCUCGAGCAAUUCCUGAUGAAAUACGUAUGGUCCGGUACCGGCAUGAUUGUGGUGUCGCUUCCCAUCCUAUUGCCGAGCAAAACCAAAUCGAAACUCAAAAGAGCCAAGCGUAACCUCUUAUCGUUACCGCUACCGACGUCUGAUGACGACAGAGCGACCGAUUUGGAACCGAUUGAAGAUUCCGUUUCGGAAAGGACUCAUUACUUUACGACUGCAAAAAACUUGCUCAUUACGGGGUCGAACGCCGUCGAACGCCUUAUGAGCAGUUACAAAGACGUCGUAGAGUUAGCUGGGCACACCGCUAGGGUAGCGAACAUGUUCAGCGUGCUGGAGGAGGCGAGCGAGGGCAUCUACCACAAGACGGUCGUCGCGAAGAAGGAAAAGAGCGGCGAGUUCGAGGUGGAAUUUAAAGGGGACCAGCCGGUCGCCAACGGCAAAGUGUUCGUGUCCAACAACGAGAUCAUUUUGAGAGACGUGCCCAUCGUUACGCCCAACUGCGACGUGGUAUGCCCGUCCCUAACUCUGCACCUAAAGCCGGGACAACACCUGCUGAUAACGGGACCGAACGGGUGCGGCAAGUCGAGCUUGUUCCGCAUCCUCAGCGGUCUGUGGCCCGUUUACGGCGGCGAGUUACACACGCCCAAGAAUUCCAUGUUCUACAUACCCCAGCGGCCGUACAUGGUCAUCGGGAACCUAAGAGAUCAGAUCAUCUACCCCGAUACGUACGCCGACAUGAUCAACAAACAGGUCACCGAGCAGGACCUGUUGAAAAUCAUGCGGAUGGUUCAUCUGGAGCACAUCGUCGAGCGGGACAGUUUCCACGAAAUCAAAGACUGGACGGACAUCUUAUCCGGCGGCGAGAAGCAGCGCAUGGCGAUCGCCAGGCUCUUCUACCACAAGCCCAAGUACGCGCUUCUGGACGAGUGCACCUCUGCGGUCUCCAUCGACGUGGAAAGCAACAUUUACCAGACCGCCAUCGACAUGGGUAUCACCUUGCUCACUAUCACGCACAGGCCGACACUCUGGAAAUUCCACACCCAUAUUCUUCAAUUCGACGGAACCGGCUACUGGGAGUUCUCCGAGUUAAACUGCGUUAACCGGCUCGACCUCAAGCGGGAAAAGGACGAACUGCUGAAAGCGCCGGACAGCCGCGAAAAGUCGGAACGUUUAGCGGAAUUAAAUAGGCAAUUAGGAGAGGAUGACGUUUAAUUUAUCUAUUUGUUAGAUUUGUGUCUCAUUGUACCGAAAGGAGUGAGGGUGGAACUGUGAUUCAUUGGAACGAGGAGUCUCCCCGGCAGAUUUUAACCCCCCCGGAGUCCUCUCGUCCAACUUAGAUUCGGCAUAACCGUUAAAAUUGUGCAGCGUCUGCAUUUAUGCGUUUGUAAAUAUCAUUAAAUUCUAUUUAAUAAAAGAAAUAAAGCGAUUGAAUGUGUUUCA